UCUCUCUCUCUCUCUCUCCCUUUCUCUCUCUAAACUUACUAUCUUCAACUUCGAACACUCACACAGACAACGACAUCUUUGUCACAGCCCCCACUCUCUCUCUAACAGCUCCAACCAUGCACAUUGAGAGCUUCAUCACCUCAUCAACUCCCUAGAAAGAGAAACUGAUUGUGCAUUCCAUCGACGGCAUUCAGUUGGUUUUGAUUCUAGAGAGGGAGAGAGAGAGAGAGAGAGCUGAGGAAGUGGAACUGAACUAUUAUGGUGGGCGGCAAGGUCCGGAUGGCCAUGGGCCUUCAGAAGUCCCCCAAGCACGACACCCCUCCCAAGCCCCCCCUCCCUUCUCCGGCCUCCGCCAAGACCCCUUCCUCCAAGGCCGCCCCCUUCUCCCGCUACUUCCCCCGCUCAUCCGCCCAGGUCCAGCCCCGGCCCCCCGACAUCGCCGAACUCCUCCGCCUCGUCGAGCAGCUCCGCGACCGCGAGUCCCGCCUCAGGACCGAGCUCCUCGAGCACAAGCUCGUGAAGGAGACCGCCGCCAUUGUCCCUCUCCUCGAGAGCGAGAUCACCGGCAAGAACGCCGAGAUCGCCGCCUCAGCCAGGAGGGUCGAGGACUUGGAGGCCGAGAACCGCCGGCUGAGGGAGGAGCUUUCCGCUGUCCGGAGCAAGCUCGAGGAGGAGAGGAGGGAGAGCGAGGGUAGAGUCAUGGCGAUGGAAGUGAAGAUUGCUCAGCUCAAGGAGACGGCGUCUUCCUUGGAUCGUAGCGACGAGCUCUCCUCCUCUCAGAGGUUCCAGGGACUGAUGGAUGUUUCCGCGAGGUCGAACCUCGUGAAGAGCUUGAAGAAGUCCGGGGUCAGGUGUUACAGCGACGGCACCGCCAGCCAGGAGAGCUCUAGCAGGCUCGAGCGCACGGAUUCGAAGAGAGAGGAAGCGGCGGCGGCAACAACAGAGGUCGAGAGGCCGAGGCACUCCCGGUGCAACUCGGAGGAGAUAGCCGAGUCGACUCUGUCAAACGCUGUGAGAUCUCGCGUCCCGAGAGUCCCUAACCCUCCCCCGAAGCGGUCCGCCUCGUCAUCGCCGUCGACGAGUAGCGUCGGGUCCCCAGAGCUUGUUCACUUUCCGCUACCGGAGCCAGUAGCGAUAAAUGCCGCGCCAUCUGUAGCGCCUCCGCCUCCUCCUCCGCCACCGCCUCUUCCUUCACAGCUGAGGAAAGCUCCACCGCCACCACCUCCUCCUCCGCAGAUGAACACCAAAGCACCCCCUCCUCCACCGCAAACCGCGACGAAAGCGCCUUGUCCUCCGCCGCCACCGCCGCCUCCAAUGUCUGUGAAGUCGGUUCAGGCGAAGGUGAGGAGAGUGCCGGAGGUGGUGGAGUUCUACCACUCGCUGAUGCGGAGGGACUCCCGGCGGGACUCCGGCACAGGGGUACCCGCGGACGGGGCCCCGGCGACGGCCAACGCGAGGGACAUGAUCGGCGAGAUCGAGAACCGGUCGACUCACUUGCUCGCGAUCAAAACGGAUGUUGAAAUGCAGGGGGACUUCAUCCGGUUCCUGAUCAAGGAGGUCGAGGAAGCUGCAUUUACAGACAUCGAGGACGUGGUCCCUUUCGUCAAGUGGCUCGAUGAUGAGCUGUCUUACUUGGUUGACGAAAGGGCAGUGUUGAAGCACUUUGAGUGGCCGGAGCAGAAGGCCGAUGUCCUCCGUGAGGCUGCAUUCGGGUAUUGUGACCUAAAGAAGCUCGAAUCGGAGGCCUCAUCUUUCAGGGACGACCCGAGACAGCCCAGCGGACCUGCAUUCAAGAAAAUGCAAGCAUUGCUUGAAAAGCUAGAGCACAGGGUUUACAAUCUCUCGAGAAUGAGAGAAUCUGCAGCAAACCGGUAUAAAGUGUUCCAUAUUCCUAUGGGCUGGAUGCUAGACAAUGGCAUCGUCACUCAGAUAAAGCUUGCAUCUGUGAAGUUAGCCAUGAAGUACAUGAAGAGAGUAUCUGCAGAACUCGAAACCGUCGAUGGUGGGCCCGAAGAAGAAGAGCUCAUCGUACAGGGCGUUCGAUUUGCAUUCCGGGUACAUCAGUUUGCCGGGGGAUUCGAUGCGGAGACAAUGAAGGCAUUCCAGGAGCUGAGAGACAAGGUGAGGUCGUGCCAUAUCCAGUGCCAAAACCAGCAGCAACAGCAGAAACUCGUGUGCAGGUCAACUCCGUGUUAAACUUCUGUAGCAAACUCAGCUUCAGAGAAAAAUUGCCUCCAUGGAAGGUCCGGUUUUUGUUGUAAUUAUAGAAUGAUUCUGUUAAUAUUUCGGCAAGGGCAAGUCUGCAUCGUGAUUGAACCAGUAGUUACUAUAUAUAUGAUUCAUUUUUUACCAGCAA